UUUUUCUUUUAAUCAUACAAAAAAUUGCUAAAUUUUGAUAAACACACCGCGUUGAUUAUCCAGGACAUUACAUCACGUGUUUUACUUUGUAAAAAUGGCUGCGCCCUGCUAAGAUUAUCCGAGGUUUCCCCCUGUAAAAUCCAUUACGUUUUGUGCCAUUUUUCUAACAUCAUUAGAUAAUCAGUCUUAAAAUAUGGAUUCAUCUAUACUGGUGGAUUAUGAUGGAUACGAUAUAGAAGAAGAUAGUGACCAAGAGAGUGCAGACAGUUCUGAGGAUGAGAUCCAUCAGUUCUUACAUGGCACGCCAGAACAGAAGAGACGCAUUCGACGCCGCAGUCUUGGCAAAGAGUCUUCUAGUGAGGAUGAGUUUGAGAAAGAAAUGAACAUGGAGCUGGAUGAAACCUUGGAGGAAAUGGAGAGAGAAAGGAAGGAAAGUGCUGGUCCAUCUGACCCAGCUCAGCAGCAAAGUUAUGACAACAUUUACUUUGAUUCUGAUGAAGAAGAGAAUAAGCAAGCAGACGAAGGGCAAGGGGGCCCUCCCAAGCAUCCAGUGCUGUCCAAUGAUGAUCUUCUCUAUGACCCUGGCAUGGAUGAUGAGGAUCAGAGAUGGGUGGACAGAAUUAGAGAGAGAUACCAGCCCACAGCCUCUAAGGUAGCCAAGCCAGGGGGUUACAGGCGAGGAAGUGCAGGUAAAGGUGGCAGUACUGGGUCUAGACAGCGAGGCCAAAUACCUGCAGUGAAGCCACUGCCCAAGAGUGAUGCAGUAUUGAACUGCCCUGCCUGUAUGACCUCUCUCUGCUUGGACUGUCAGAGGCACGACCUGUACAAGGAGCAGUAUAGAGCUAUGUUUGUUAUGAACUGCAAAGUGGACCGAACUGAAAUUCUGCGCUACCCUAAAAGCUCCAUGACAACUAGUCGUAAGCGUAAAAAGAACUCCUCAAAACCAGAACGUUUCCCUGCAGAAUCAGAUUUGUCUAGUGUUUGCAAAUCAAAGCAAAGUACUAAUAGCGACAGGAAUGAGUCAAUAGGAAGCAUAAAGACCAGUGCAGUGGUGCCUGGUGGUGCUGUAUCUGAAGGCAGUGGUGCUGCCACCUGUGACACAAACAGUACAUUACCAGACUCCAGCAUUCCAAGCAGUGUCCCCAGUGUCCCACAGUGUCCCAGUGGGUCCUCAGUGGCAGCUCCCAGCACAGAUGAUGUCUACUACCCUGUCAAAUGCUCAGAAUGUAACACAGAAGUUGGUGUUGUUGACAAAGAUGAGAUCUUUCACUUCUUUAAUGUGCUUGCUAGUUACACGUAAUAGGCAAUUGAGAAGAGAACCACACUUUCCUUGAUAAAUAUUCUCUAUAUAAUAAUAUUUAUAACUUGAAUGUAAGCUUUUGUCUGUAAUAAAUUGGUGAGGUGGUGCAUAUUUUAAUCACAGUUUCAUUCCCAGGGUCACUGCUGUUCACUGCUGACUUAAUGUAACAGUGUCAAAUUAGUUAUUGAAAUAUUAUAGUGCAGAGAUUUGUCUUACAGAUUGAAGUUGUAAUAGCUGACUGUAUGAAACGGUGAAAAGAUUGCAAGCUAAACUUUAGUUUACUACAUUUUAUUAACAACAAACUGUUGUUUAGCUAUUUUAGAACAUUUUAUUACAAAUAAAAGAGUAAAUGGACAAUCAUGAA